AAAGAAGUGGCAGCAAGGUUUUGUUGGUUCAGUUUUCUGUUCUGGUGGUGCUGUUCGAUUUCUGGAGUGAGUUUACGUGAAUAUUUCCGCAGUCGAACGUUUAUCUUCCUUGCAAAGUUUGUGGUUGUGAAAUUUGAAAUAACUGAAAGUCAUUGUGCUAAAUGUACCAAUAGUUUGUCCACGAAAGUUUUGGCUAUGAAUUGUGGUUUUGUAAAAAAGAAUGAUGACUGAACAGUGCAGAAAGUGUUGCAAGGGCACUCAAUCUUCGUGGGGGUAGUGAUCGUGCGCUGCAUCUGAUCUAGUGGGAGGAUUUCGCCAACAGCAGCCAAAGUGAUUAAAUUACGCAUCAACUAAGGGAAAAGGAAAAACUUGAUAAGUGAAACCCAACCGAACAGAUGUGCUGGCUACCUUUGACAAGUGCACAGAGUUAUGAGGAUGUCAUCAUUAGGUGAGCGUUAGAAGCAUGAACUUGUGAAAGUGCAUAAAGAAAAGCAGUGUGCAAAGAGAAGGGGUUCAAGGAUACGACGUGGGUGUCAUCAACAACGUCAGCUGCUCGCCGAGCCGCCUGUUACAUUGAUCCCCUUGGGGCACAUUGCCCCAAGAAUGCCCUAGCGGCGGAUGGGGGAAUGUUUUUCUUUCUCCUUCCUCAAUCAACUUAAAUGUAUCAGCAACUUUUGUUUACCCGACUACUGCGUUCGGCGAGAGCAAAAAUCCCUCGAUUCGAAGGGAAACAAACAGUGACGGAGGCGGUCAGUAGCACCACCAGCGCGGGGAAGUCUCGCUCCAAGUUCUGCUGCGUUGUUGUUGCGGUUGCACAAGAGCGAACCGAAAACAUCAGCUGAAAGUUGGAAAUCUGCUAGCGAAUCCGUCUCGUCGGUAUUUAGCACCAUCAUCAAUCGUCGUCAUACAGCGCCGUCGUUCGAUGUGUACCCAGUUUGUUUCGCUUUAACUCAAAUGCUGUGUUGUGUGCGCACGAUGGAUGAAGAAUCGUGAACGCUUCAGUUGGAAUUGGCAGUGCCGAGAGCGGAAGAACAAAGAAACCUAUAAUAUAUCGAGUGUUUGUGCAAUCGGUGCGGUACUUUGAAGAAGGGAUUGGCGAAGUUUGAAGCAGAAGAAGAUGGCUGACUUCGAUGCGAUAUACGAGGAACAGGAACUGGCCGAACCGGAAGAUCUGGAGGAGGGCCACGUCCAGAUGGUGCCGGAUCCGAUCGUCAUACGAGGCGCAGGAAAUAUGACAGUGUUCGGUCUGAGCAAUCGCUUCAACGUGCAGUUUCCAGCCGGUUUGGUUUCGCGCGUUGCCCCCGAAGAAUUCAAAGCCACCAUCCUGCGGAUCAACGCGGUCCUCAAGAAGACACUUCCGGUCAACGUGAAGUGGCUGUUUUGUGGUUGUGUUUGCUGCUGCUGCACCCUCGGUUGUUCCCUAUGGCCUGUGAUAUGUUUAAGUAAGAGGACUCAGCACACGUUGAACAAACUACUUGAGUGGGAGAACAGCCAUUUGUACCAUAAACUUGGCCUGCAUUGGCGGCUCAGCAAGCAGCAGUGCGACUCCAACUCGAUGAUGGAGUACGUCCUGCUAAUAGAGUUUAUACCCAAAACGCCGAUCUACCGCCCGGAUUAGACUCCGGUUGUCUGUUAUCUGGUUUUUACUUUGGUUUUAGACGGUGUCGUAUACCAAGCUAGUGACUGAAUGGCGGGAGCAUUUCCCGUGCUCUGUAUUGUGUAAUCGAAUUUGGAAAAUGAGGUUCCGCUAUAUAUCAUAUGAAAGCGACUGGCGGAAAAGCUUGGUAGGUCGAAACCAUUGGAUAUAAACUUUAUGUACCAUAGAGCUAGUAAUUGUAAAGAGUUUUUGCCGGUAGAAUUUAGUCAAUCCUUUCUAUUUUAAAGCAGCACUUGUUACUCUUUCAAGAGUAAUAAGUAACCGUCAUAACAAUGCGUAAUAUUUGUAAGAUCGAGUUAACUGUAAUAAAGAAAUCGAUUUUGUUAUCGAAAACCUAAUCGAUUGUGACAAUAUGUAAAUUUAUCAGAAUUGCUGCCUCCAAGCUGCUGGGGGUUCGCAGUGGUAGACUAUUGUCGUUACACUUCAGCAAUGUUUUUUUUUGUUUCCAUGCAGAACUUAUCAAGUGAAUGCGUAUAUUUGGAGUCUGAAUAUGAGAAGAAUAAAAUUAAAGAAACAAAACACUCAAGUGAUCUUAGAGAAGCAAAAAUUGAAGAGAGCGUAAACCAUUAGAAACAGAAACAAAAGAUACUGAUACUGAAAAUGGCGAUUUCUCCGCGAACCGGCGGAAACACGCAAUGAAGAUUUCCCGUUGAAGAAACGCUAUAUAACGGAAAACGAGCAAAUAUUUAGUAAACUAGGAAAUGAUUGUAUAGUGUAUAGAGAUUUAUUUAGAUAUUUAAGAUGAAUUAAAUGCUGAAUCGAAAUGAAAGUAAUUAUUUGAAA